UCCCUCCUCCCCUUUUCCCAGUGGCCUGAACCGGGCGCCGCGAUGGCUCCGGCCGCUGACCGGGAGGGUUACUGGGGCCCGCCGACCUCCACCUUGGAAUGGUGCGAGGAGAACUACGCCGUCUCCUACUAUAUCGCCGAGUUCUGGAACACAGUGAGUAACCUGAUUUUCAUUCUACCUCCAAUCUAUGGUGCGAUUCAGACCUACAAAGAAGGCCUGGAAAAACGAUAUUUAGCUGCAUAUUUGUGUCUCACAGCUGUGGGAUUGGGAUCUUGGUGCUUCCACAUGACCCUGAAGUAUGAAAUGCAGCUGUUGGAUGAGCUGCCAAUGAUAUACAGUUGUUGUGUGUUUGUCUACUGCCUGUAUGAAUGCUUCAAGUACAAGAACACAGUCAAUUAUCCACUGCUCUUCUUGUUAAUAACAUACAGCUUCGUAGUCAGCAUAGUUUACUUGAAUUUGAAGGAACCUGUAUUCCAUCAGAUCAUGUAUGGGACACUAGUUUCCAUUAUAGUUCUACGAUCUGUUUAUAUAGUAUUAUGGGUAUACCCAUGGCUUAGAGGUCUAGGCUAUACAUCUUUAACUGUAUUUUUAAUGGGAUUUUUUCUCUGGAAUGUGGACAACAUCUUCUGUGAUAAAUUGAGAGCACUACGAGAGAAGAUGCCUCCCGUCGUGGGAGCUGUGACACAGUUUCACGCAUGGUGGCAUAUUCUCACAGGCCUGGGCUCUUACCUCCACAUCCUGCUUAGUUUAUACACAAGGACACUGUUCCUGAAGCACAGGCCAAAGGUGAAGUUUGUUUUUGGAAUAUGGCCUGUUCUCCUUGUGGAGCCACCCAAGAAGCUUUGACCAAGACCCCAGCAGUCGCACCAGGAUCACCUAAGCCUGGCCGAAUGAAGUGAUUCAACAGUUAACUGUGGCUUCAAGUGUCAAAAUUCAAGUCCCUUUUCCUGUUAAAGGACUUCUCUGUGCUACUAGGCCAGCUGGCCAGGACAGAGCAAAUUGUUGGCACACUAGGGAAAUAAUGUUUAGUACAGCUUUAUUUUAAGUUGUUAAAAGGAAAGAUUAAGACCCCUUUGGUUUUUCCUGUAUAUAAUGUAUAGCUGAUGAUACUGAGCUAAUAUUUCGUGCUGGUCACAGAAGACUAACCAUUUUGGAAGUAUAUUGCAAACCUUUCCUUUUCUUUUCAUUCAGUUGUUCUUUCUGUGGUUUAAAACUCAUGGUAGCAACUGAAUGGCAAAACCAGGCCGGCGGUGGCCGAGCUGAGCAUUCGUGUGGCCGCUAGUGAGCUCAGUGCUUAACCUGAACUACUUUAAUCUUGCACUUUUCUACAAUUAAUGAAGUAUGUAAUGGUUGAUUUAGGGCUUUCUUCUCUUGUGCUUUCCCACAGCCUCUUUUGCAAUUUCAGUUGGGAUACCUGUGCCAUUUGGGUUUGCUUUGUACCAAGCUUUCGUUUCCUCUCUAGUCCAGCUGAGGUACAUCACGGAGGAUGUUCCAGGGUGUGACCGGCAGAAGACACUUAGGAUGAUGAGGCAUUUAUACAGAGGGUCUUAUUUGAGUGUGGAAACUGAAUUCCUAAUGUGUGUUUUUUUCUGACCAGUGAUCCAUCAGGAGACUGCAAAGUGACUGUAAAAAAGCCCACAAGAAAU